UGUGUGUAAUGGCGACAUCCUCUCAAAGCUGUGGUGUUUGUGACCAACGUCACAUCAACAAACCAUCUACAAUCUGGUGUACAGAAUGUGACGAGGGACUAUGCACAGAAUGCCAGGAACAUCACAGUUUGUCCAAAGGAACCAGAAACCAUAAAGUGACACCAAUCAUUGAAUACACGCAAUUACCAGCUGAUGUACUAAAGAUUAGUCAAAGCUGUAGCAAACACAAUCAAAAGUUUCAAAUUUAUUGCCAGAGGCAUGAGUGUCCUUGUUGCAGCAAGUGUAUUGUAGAAAGCCAUAAAGAAUGCCAUGACAUCGUUAAUUUAGAUGACGUCAUUCUUAAUUCAAAAACAUCGAAUGCCUUGUUUGAGAUAGAAGAAACAUUAGUUGAAGUAGUAGAAAACAUUAAACAAAUUCGUGAGCACCAACAGGACAAUCUUUCAACUUUGAAAGAGAGGAGAAAGGAAAUUGAAGAAGAAAUCGAGAAGACCAGAAUAAAGAUCAACAACCGUCUUGACAAAUUACAAAAAGAUUUAAUAAAACAACUGAAUGCGUACAAAGAUAAAGAAAACUCGAAAAUUCGUCAGUUGAUAUCAUCAUUGGAACAGAAGGAAAAGGAAGUUGCCGAUUGUCAGCGAAACAUUCGAAACAUCAAACAACACGGAACGCAUCUUCAGAUGUUUCUUUCAAUGAAGCCUAUACAAGAGGACAUCUCUAGUAAAGAAAAGUUCCUGCACUCACUUUUUCAAGGUGAGGAUUUGAACCAGAAUUCUCUAGAGUAUAAAAUAAACGGUGCUAUUCAGAAUAUCAUGUCAAAUGUAACUAGUUUUGGAGAAGUAUAUAUUGAAGCUAAACCUUGCGAUCUUGUCCUGAGUAGAAAGAAUGCUAAACAAGCCCAGAUAAUGGUACCAACCGUUCAAGCAAGAUCCAUUGAAGAUAUACAGCUGCGUAUAAACAAGACAAUAAACAUACAAGGACAACGCGUUUACGGAUGUUGCAUGCUGCUGGAUGGUAGAUUAGUAUUUACUUUUCGCGAUGAAAGCACAGUAAAAGUCUUCAACAUGGAGGGAUCAAAAGAUUUUGAGAUGGAGAUACCGUGUGGUGUAUUUCAUAUAGUAAACAUAGGCGAUACUAAUACAUUGGUUGUUACAUCCGGGGAAUCAGAGAAGCAAUGUCUUACCAUUAUAGACCUGGAGAGGAAACUAAUCAAGAAAACAAUUUCACUGGCUUCUCAGAAUUAUGGCUUAGUAUUGAGGGACAAUCAGUUAAUUUAUUCCGCUUACAACAAAGGCAUACGAAUGAUAAAUCUGUACGACGAGUCUUCGAGUAACAUAGUCCAAGAAGAGAUGGCAACUGAAGGUUACCUAGCAACAUUCAAAGACAACAUUUAUCAUACAAACAGACUAGCACACACUGUUACAUGUUAUAACCUUCAAGGUGGAAUACAAUGGACCUUUCAAAAUGAAAGCGUUCUGGAUAAUCCACUAGGGGUCGCUGUAGAUAAUGAUGGUUAUGUGUAUGUUGUGGGGUUUUGGAAGAACAAUCUUGUAGUUAUUUCCCCUGACGGACAACAACACAGAGAAGUGUUGACAGAAAGGGAUGGUCUUUAUAAUCCCGUCUCUAUUCAUUAUUGCGGAUUAAAGAAACAGCUUCUAGUAGCGAACUGGAAUGACCAGGUUCACUUGUUUGAUUUUAUUUAAACAAUGUAUAUAAGAAAUUUCUCUCUUUUAAAUCAGAGCGAAAUUUUUCGAUAUCAAUUUAAUUAAAUGCACCUUUAUCGUU